AUGUAUGCCUGCAAAGAAAUUCCAUGGAUGCCAACAUAUAAAUACAUGGUUAAACCUGCAUCAACAUUAAAAAAACUGAGGGACCUUUCUGAGAGACAACCAAAUGUCAAAUCAGCACUUGAAGAGUCCCUAAAACCUACCCUUUCUCUUUUGAAACAUAGAUUUUCAAAGCUCAAGUUACAUGGCAGACCUGCAGUUGUACAUGAUUCUGUAACAUUGGAAGAGAUCAUGAAUAUUAGUAAUGUCCUGGAUUUGUUUAAAGAUGCAAAAGAUUCUAGUAGUGUGAUAGAUACAAAAGAGAAAAAUGCACCAAAAAAGUUGAAGGCUUUCAUAGAAAGACAUUGCAGAGCAUGGCAAUAUUCAUUCCAGAUAAAAAAAUGUGAUGCUGCUGAUUGCUGGUAUUGCAUUCUCAACCCAAAGAGACUACCAGAAGAUAAGCCACUUCAUUGGUUGCCUGAUCCCACUAAAGGUCCUGAUGGCACUUUCCAACCUCUUGAGGAUCUCUUGGGCAUUGAGGCAAUAGACAGGGAUUUUUUGAUAGGAGGUAAAGUUCGCAGUUUCAUCAUGUGCUGUCUCUGUGGAAAACGUAGAGUUGUUUAUUGCAAGGAACGCCUCAGCAGACAACAGGUUACUGAUAUUGAGGUGGUCCAAGAUAACCUUCUCUAUACUUGUGGAUCUAUGCUGUUCCCCUACGGUCAUAGAAAUCAUGAGACUGUUGUAGUCAAGGACGGACUUGAGUGUGCAGCCGAGAUGGAAACGACCUAUUCUGCUGGUUAAUAUCGGUUUUAUAUGAUAAAAAGCAAAUAUUACUAGAUCCACAGAAAUUAUGUCUUACACCUUGAAUAAAUAUAUACAUGUAGUCCAAAUGUUUAAAUCUUUAAUCACUUUAAGUAGUAUUUAACUGUUUCUACUUGCAGGUAUCACCACCAAGUUUCAGCUGCUUUGUUUUUACUGUGGCGACACGGAGGUGGACAGCACAUCCCAGACUGUGCAAGACGAAUAAACAUUACAGCAUUGUCCGGCCCAUUUGUUUUAACUGCAUAUCAAGAGGCAUUCAGCCUAAAGUUCGAAAUGCUUUGAAAUUGAAUAGAAAGUGAU